AUGUCGAAGUUUGAACAAUUUCCGGCUGAAGUGUUUUAUCUUAUUCUUGAUUAUUUGAAAACAUGGGAGAUUUUUUACUAUUUUUACAAUCAAUCGCAACGGAUGAGUAUGCUUUUACUCAAUUAUUCUCGAUAUCGAAUAGAUUUUCGUUCAAUUUCACGAGACAAUUUUGAUUUCUUUCUGGAGAAAAUUCGUCUAACGAACAUCAUUUCCUUAAUUCUUUCUAACGAUAAUCAAACUCCAGGUCAAAUUCCAUUAUUUCUUUCUUUAAUAAACUCUUCUGAUCUCUUUCGACUUCAUUAUUUAUCUGUUCUUCAUAUUGAAGAACAUCAUCUACUAGAAUUUCUUCGUCAUCUCUCUCGAAAAGAUCUCAAAGCUCUAACCAUUCAUUGUCAACCUUCGUUUCGUUUUCGUAAUCACGGCGUCGAACUUCUUUGUCUUCUCUCGUCACUUAUCUUCCAAUCAGAACUUCGUUAUCUUUAUUUCAACUUCUGGGUCUUCGAAAUGAAAAGUCUCACUUGGUCAAUUCAAUCGACUCUUCACUCUCUUCGCACCGAUCUUUCAUCAUUUUCCGAAUAUUGUCGUAUCCUCAAUUAUUUCGUCAAUCUAAAAACUUUAAAUUUAAACAAAUGUUCGAUAUUCGAUAUUGAAAAUAUUUAUUUCUCUUACAAGUUCAUGCCUCCGUGUCAUUUACAAUUGAAAUCUUUAUCAAUAGACAAGAUUUGCUAUGUUAAAAUGGAGACUUUAUCAUUGUUUUUAUCAGUUACACCGUCGAUUAAGUAUUUGAAAAUCAUCGGUUGCGGUUCGUUGGAAAAUCAGGCAUUUGACGGAAAUCAAUGGAAGGAUUUUAUCGAAGGAAAAUUACGUUCUCUCGAUAAGUUUCAGUUUUAUUUUCAAACGCAACGAAAUCCUCAAGUUGCCGUUGAAAAUGUUUCAUCGAUAAUAAAUUCUUUUUCUGAUUCAUUUUGGACUAAAAGCAAACAAUGGUUUGUCACAUGUGAUUUCAUUCGAAAUCUUCGUCAAAUUCGACUUUAUUCAAUUCCAAUUUGUCGAACGGAUUUUGAUUUAAUUCCUCAACGGAAUUUAUUCUCGCGAUCAACGUUAACUUCAACUACAACGAUGGAACCAAUACAGAAACUUCAAGUUAAUCUUUCGUCCGGUAUGACAGAAGAAAACUCAAUCCAUAAAAUAUCCCUUCCAAUCCGAGAUUUAUUCGACUCAUCUUCUCCUUCGAUAUUUCCGCAAGUUGAUGAGCUUCAUUUUGAAUUUGAUGAUCAAUCGCCAAUGAAUUUGCACGAGUUAAUCGCAAUUGAUCUCUCGAGAAUUGUGAAAGUUUCUUUAAAUAUUUAUUUUGAUCAAGAUUCUCAUCAUCAAGUUGUAAUCGAUGCGUUAAACGAUGUGUUUCAACGUAUGCCAAACGUUCAUACUGUUUACAAUAUGAAUCGCACAGUAAAUGCGAAAAUUCUUUGUUCAAUUAUUCCUUCGCAUAUUCAACAUUUACAAACAAAAGUCAAGGAAAUUCAUCAAAUGAAAAUCAUUUUACAGCAUUUUCAGUGUUUAUCGAGCGUAGAAUUCGAUUUUCUCGCUCGUUCGCCACAUUUUCCAAAAACUAUUAUCAAAUGGCUCAAAAAGAAGCAGAUUUUAUUCGAGUUUUACUGUACACAAUAUUCUUUACAAUUGUGGCUCGACAACAACUAA